ACGCCUCCCAGCCUAGCCCGGCUCCGGCUCCGGCUCCACCUCCAGCGCUGCCGUUCGCUCGCUCCCAGUCGCCACGGCCUUGGCGUUUUCAGAAGUAAGGGAGGCGGGUUUUUCCACGUUCCGUCUCUCUGCGCUGAAGCAGCUUCCUGGUCACCUGAGAAUAUAAGGAAGGAGGCCGGCGGCUCGACUGGUUUCGGUGUUGGGACGCCGCCAUGGCUUCGCUUUUCAAGAAGAAGACGGUGGACGAUAUAAUUAAAGAACAAAAUAAGGAGUUAAGAGGUACGCAGAGGGCUAUAGGAAGAGAUCGAGCAGCUUUGGAGAGACAAGAAAAGCAACUGGAAUUGGAAAUAAAGAAAAUGGCUAAAACAGGAAACAAGGAAGCCUGUAAGGUUCUAGCAAAACAGCUUGUGCAGUUGAGAAAACAGAAAACUCGAACCUAUGCUGUUAGUUCAAAAGUUACAUCCAUGUCAACUCAGACAAAACUGAUGAAUUCCCAGAUGAAGAUGGCAGGAGCAAUGUCAACAACAGCAAAGACAAUGCUGGCUGUCAAUAAAAAGAUGGACCCACAGAAGACACUGCAAACUAUGCAGAAUUUCCAGAAAGAAAACAUGAAAAUGGAAAUGACAGAAGAAAUGAUCAAUGAUACCCUAGAUGAUAUCUUCAAUGAUUCAGAUGAAGAACAAGAAAGCCAGGAUAUUGUUAACCAAGUUCUUGAUGAAAUUGGAAUUGAAAUAUCUGGAAAGAUGGCAAAGGCUCCUUCAGCUGCGAUAGGCAUACCGUCUGCAUCUACAUCAAAAAAUGCUACAAUUUCAGAUGAAGAGAUUGAGCGGCAGCUUAAAGCUUUAGGAGUAGAUUAGCUUUAUGCUAAUAUGAAGCCUGAUUUCUACAACUGCUCCAACUUUGGCAUAUGCACAACCUCCAAUACAGGUUUCAAUAAAAAAACCAGAUUUCAUCGCAAAUCUUGCCUAAGCCAUUAUUGGUAAUGGUAAUUUCUACAGAGAGCUGGAAGAACUAAACUCGAGAGAGAGAGAGAGAGAGAGAGAGAGAGCAGAACAAAUAUUGUCAUGAAGAAUUUGUAUAUCUUUUAUUAAAUUGGGAUAUUUUGUUAACAGGCCAUUUAUUACAUAUGGUUUACAUUUUGAUUUCUUCAGUUUAGUUUCGGACAAAAAGUAUUUAGCUUGAUAACUAUUCGAUUCAUCUUUAGAUUUCUACAUUUUGUAAAUCAUUAGAAGCAGCCUUUCUGAAAGCAUUUCAGCUCUGCUUUAAUUGUAAACACUUCUUAAGAAAUAGCUUGUUUUUUCUGAGUUGGAAGAGGCAGUUGUCAUCUUCAGCAGAAUGAUUAGAAAAAUUUCAGUAAAAAUUUAGGGAAUCUUUGGUUAAAUACUUUUUAACAACUUAUUCUAGUUCAAUUUAGUGUUAAAAUGAUACAUGUUUCCAUUUAAUAUUGAUACCCAAUUAGUGGAACUUCUGAAGACCGGGCUGUGAUCUAAAAUAAUUUUCUGUUAGCAAAAAUGUUGGAAAGGAAAAUAUUAAAUAAUUUCCAUUGUACUGUAAUAUAGCUGACUUGAAGAAGAGUCUGUGCCUUUGUGUAUAUAAUGCUUGGUUUCUUUUAAUUAAGUUUUGAAAUGUGAGAAAAGUAAUGUAAGCCAUUAACUUAUGUUAGCACUGAAAUUACAUGAACUCCAUGAUUGGUAUGGAGUACAUAACACCUGAAAAAGAUAAUCUUUUUCCUGCAAUAGCAUUUGUACAUAAACACCAUGCAACAUUUUUCAUUAAACAAAUAUUACUUUUCAAAAUA